AGGAAGUUGAAGCUCCCGGGGAACAGAGUGGCAGAGACGGUUCAUCUAUUUUUUUUUUUUUAACAAAUAAAACUAGCUUCUCGCCCACAUGACUUUGUUAAAGUUUCACAAUUGUGUUGCCAAAAGGUUACUGUAACGUCUCCACCGUGACUCCGGGAUGUCUGCGGCCAUGAAAGCCGGCAGUUCAGCGCCAAGUUCAUCGAGGCCGGAGGAAGCCGUGGACGGCAGAGUGGCGGAACUGAAUUUUGAAGUCCCACCGGAGAGCAGAAAGACACAUCUUCCUCCUGUCAACAGCCAGAUCAUCCCAGAUGAACUGCUGGUCAGCCUUACCUCCACUGUCUGCAACAAGAGCACACUGGGGCACACUGCACACCAUCGACACUGCAAGGGUUGUGGAAUCAGACGGCCGGAUGCAGUCUGGCAUCACCCGUUUGGACGCAAGAAAUACAAAUAUUUCCUGGAGCAACCAACGUCCCUGACUGGAGCCGGCAGGGAUAUUUCGUUCCUGUGUGAUGCUAUGGUAACCCAGAAGAAGACAACACCCCUUCCACCACUGACUGACAAGAGUGGCAUCGGAGACACACAGAACAUAAGUGUCUCAGAAAGUCUGAUCCCGGAUGAAUAUCACAUUGUGAAAAACAAAGGGCUGCGGAGCCUUGAGCUCUAUGAGGAUGCCUUCACAGUGCAGCUGCAGGAUGAAGAGCAGAAGCUACGGGUCUUCCCUUCUCUGAGGCCCAGUGGCAGAGUGGAAGUGGUCCAGCUGAUGAAGAUGAUGGACGACAUGCUGGUAAAGGCUGGAGUGGAUCAACAGAGUGAGGAGCUGACCGAGAUCUCCCAGAUGGAGGGUCUGCUGGAGCUUGUGCAGGUGGAGCAGAACAUCUACAACAUUGUUUUCCAUGAACUGAUCAGGCAGGUCAGCGUGAGCUGUUCAGAGAGAGGAGAGCUGCUUGCCAAACUCAGGCAGCGCUACCAGUCCUUGCUCGAGCGAAUCCCCCGCCUUCUGAAGGCUCUGCAUACUGAGACGGUGGCACAGCGGGCUCUGGACCGCCGACUCACCGAGGAGAUCUACCACAUCAAGACAUCCAUCCAGAAGCUCAGCACGGAACUGUCCAGAAUCAGAGACCAUGAUGCCCUUGUUUCCCAGCAGGCAGAGAGCGCUCACCGGCAGCUGGCUGGGGCACUUGAGCAGACACACACCAACUCAGAUGUGGUCCAAGGUUACCACCAGCUGUAUGAGCUCCAGAGGGGUCGCCUUGAGGCUCAGCUGCUCCAGAUGACUGAGGAGAGAGACUACUGGAGCCAGCUCACCUUUUGCCUCGCCCUCAAGGUGAUCAGUGUGAAGAAGCUGCAGCUGAUCAGUCGGCUGCAUAUCAGCGAGCAGAACUGGUCCAAGACAGCAGAGCACUGCAGCCUUUACGUCACUUCAAAGGACACAGAGGACCUGAAUGUCAUCAUAGAGCUUACUGACUACUGGAAAGAGCAGCUGACUGCUCUUAUGUCCCAGCUGAAGAAGACAGAGCAUUCUCAGUGCGAACACCUCAGUGCUAUCCAGCAAGGCAUUACCAAGUGGUUCAACUUCUGCUCCACACAGAACCAGUGCCCUGACCCAAAAUAUGAGAAAGCUUCAUUGGAAAAGAUUCAAGCUGAUUUUAAGCAGUGGUCAAGUACGUUGGCUUGCCAGUGUGAGUGCUACCAAGGUGAGAGGCUGCUUUGCUGCCAGCAGACACUGGGUGAGCUUGGCUGUGUCCAGCAAAAAUGGCUGAAUAUGAGCCUUCAGCUGUUCAGAAGACACCUUUCUCCUGAUGGUGAACCCCCUGGAGGCCAGCAGGCUUUAAGAGAGCUUGACAAGGUCCUAUCUGAGCUCCUCAAACAGCUGGACACACAAGUCACUGGAGAGACUGGGAUCCACGGACAGAUGACGUCACUGCUCGGGUUGAUGGAGUCCUGGGUUUCCAAGCUUGCCACAGUGAUUGACCGGCCAGAAAUGAUGUCCGUCUCUGAUUGGCUGAGGCUGGAGAAGGCACUGUGCAAUUGGCAGAGUUUGUCUGAAGAAGCCUUGCAGAACGUCUGCAUUAUACAGACAAAGAACAAAAUGGACAAAAACAAACCUGACAUAUUCACAGAGGCAGAAAAGGUGUCAGACAAAGUGCAGGAGUUCAUAACCAACUUAUCCAACUUUACUGAUGGUGAGAGCCAGAGACUCAGCGAGGAGGUCAGAUCUAUUCACAUGGCUCAGACCCGCUGGAUGUUGGAUCUGUUGCUCCUCAUGGUACCUGACCAUAGUGAUGACCAGAACCAAGAACAGGAACACCAUUACAAUAUGAACAUCUCACUACAGACACUGGAUGAGGAUGCCAAGAUGCUGGCUGAGAAACUGGACUAUUUUUCCAGACACAUCACAAGCCCUUGCAAGCUGAUUCUGGAAGAACAGGUUCUGCAGAACUCGCAUGAAGUUGAGAGUGAAAAUGAGAUGAAUGAGUGCAGAAAGCUGCAGAGAGAAAGCAAUAAUUGGGUGGAGACGUGUAUAAUCCUGCUCUCAGGAGUGAAAGGUGGUCCUGUGGAGCUGCCUGUCAGACUCGCUGACCCCGCCUCCAGCAGUGAUGUCCCAGCCUCUCCCUCAGACAGCAUGGAGACUCUGCUUUUACAGGUGAAUGAAGAGAUUUCAGCAGAGCCUACAGUCGACAGUGAGGUCAAAAAUGAGACUGAGGCAGAACUGAGAGAGUGCACUGCUGAAGGAUAUGAAGCACAACAAGAGGUUUGUCCGGGGGAGCUAACGGUUUGUGAGAGCCCAGUGGUGAAGCUGAUUGGCUAUGAUGGAAACAUUACGCAAAGAAAGCUGGGAGAGAGCAGUAUCCACCUGAGUGGGACUGAGGAGCUGGUUGUGUCUCCAGUGACAGAUGAAGCCCAGAAAGCUUUUAGCGAUCUGACCACAGUAGGAUUACUGCAGCAGGAACUGCAUGAUUCAGAGCUGCAAGUCCAGAGUGCCGAGCAGCGAGCCCUGAAGGCUGAAGAAGCCCUACAGGCAGCGUUGGAGAAGAUUCAGGACCUAGAAACACAACUGCAGGGUCAGCCCAGUCUGGAGCCCAAAAGUAGUGAAGAGAAAAAGAAAACACCAACACCUUCCCCACUACCAGUUACACCUCCAGCUCCUCCGAAGAAAACCACAGCUGAAGCCAAAACAUCAAGCAGCACCAAAAGGACCAAGAAACGGUGAUCUGACAUGUAAUCAGGAGGUGUUACAGCCUUAUAUGCAUUUAUGGGACUGUCCAGUUGUCACUUUUAGGAUUUUAUGUUUAUGUAUUUUCUCUGCUGCAACACAAGAGGAACUUUUCGCCUGCACUCCAGGAAAGGAUGCAAGAAGCAUCAUUUAUCAGCGCUGCCGUCCAAGUAUAACAUUUCUCCAGUACCAGGAAAUGGUCCAAUAUUCACUCUGCUUAUGAGAGUGAGUAUUGUGAUCUUUAUAUAAUGGCUUGCUGUGAUUUUGUUUAACCUUGUGAUAUGUCUUUGCAUAUAAGGGCAAAUUAUUUAAAACAAAAUAAAGUUUCUGCAGACAUA